AUGCAUUGGAAAAAAUUGUGCAGAUCUAUUGGCCUUCUCCCAAGGAACGAACACAUCACGAGGGAAAUAGUCAAAUGUUUGGAAUUAGUAAGGAAAGGCAUUCAUGUUGUUAUGUUGGUCUUCUCAUUGAAAAAUCGAUUCACUCAAGAGGAAGAAGCCGCCCUCAAAACCCUACAAAAUUUAUUUGGAUCUAUGAUUGUGAAUUACGUUAUUGUAGUCUUCACUAGAGGCGAGGAAUUCAAUGACGACGAUGAUGACGACAAAGGCGACACCUUUGACAAUUACUUGCUUGGAUGUCCUGUGGCCUUAAAGGAUAUCCUAGCUGCUUGCAAGGGACGGUAUGUACUUUUUGACAACAAAACCAGCAGUGGAAGCAAGAAGAGUGAACAAGUGAAUAAGCUUUUAGAUUUAGUGAAAGAAGUGAUGGACCAAAAUGGAGGACAAGCAUUUACACAUAGCUUGUUUCUUGCUAACAAUUUUGAAGACAAGGCAGAAGAAAUAAAACACACACUUGAGAAGAAAAUAGAAAAAGAAAGAGAAGCAAGGCGCAAAGCGGAAGAUAAAUUUCAAGAGAUGCAAAAACAACAAAGGAAUGAUAUUCAAAGACUCACUCAAUUGCAGCAGCAGUUGCUAGAGCUACAAAAAAAAUCAACAAAAAGUGCUAGCAAGAGAGCCACCUCCAAUUCCACCUAA